AGAUAUAUAUUUCACAUGUAGGUACCUCCUACUACACUGCAUUACAUAGAAAAUAGUCCCAGCCAGUGAUUAAAAAUCAAUUUCGACAUAACACGCAAUUUAAUAUCACCAUUCAAAAUUGUUUUGAAGCAGUUUAAGAUAUACUGAUUGUGUCGUGAUAGAAACCUUCACUUCUAGUCUUAUCCUUGGAGUAAAUGCAAUCAUGCUUCCUCUGCUAUUCCAUCACCGAUUUAAAAGAUAGAGAAGUGUUUAUAAUGAUUAACAAUAUCAACAAGAGGUGUUGUAAUCUCAUAUAAAUAAAAUUAUCUCUAUGAAGAAUUGUAUGGGAGUUGAGUUUAAAACACUAUGGCUGUUAAAAAGCAUGAGCUGGUACACGACAAUCGCACACAGCUGGAUCUGACUGCGUUGGCACAGUACCUCGAGCUCAUGAAUGAACAACAUAAUUACCUGCCGUCACCCAAUGAAAUCAUCAGAUGUUGCCAAGAUAUAGUCAAAUGCUUGGCACGAUCUACAAGUAAUGAAGAGGAAUUGUACGGACUACUUCAUACGAUUGAGGUUUUCCUUUUGCGUAUCGUGACUUCGUACCACAGCAACUACCGUCAUGAAAUUGUCACGGCUAUUCUUGAAAAAUUCCACGCCCUUAUUUCGGAUCCUCAAUCCGACGCCAGUCCACUGACUUCUAUAGUUUUGGUGGUUCUGGACUCGACUGAUCAAGAGGCGACGUUGAACGUCGCCCGCUGGCUGGUGCAGCGGGAGAAUGGGCCUGCAGGGGCGGGGUUGCGUGCCUCUCUGUCGUGCCUCUACAGGUGGCUGUAUGAGUGGCAUGGCACACCUACACUUGGUGAAUGGGUGAUGGCAUAUAUAAAGGCAUUAGAGGAAUACGAGCACUUCGACAUCCUCAUCGAAGUGUCGGUAGACAAUUUGACCCCGUUGUACCUUGCCAUGGACGAACCCAUCGCCCUUCGCCAGUCGGUUGCAGACGUCAUCGUCCACAUUCUGGCGUCCUUGCGCGAGUCCACGGAGGCACUUGAUAAGAUUGCUCCACAUGUGGGUCAUGUGCUUGUGAACUUGGCGGCAGACAGCGGCCAGUUUAGUAGGCAGCUGCUCCAAAACGUGGUAGACAUCCUAACAGCUUCAGUCGACCACCUUCAAAGCGCGCUCAGGGCCGAGGCCCGCGAUCUCUUCAAAAACAAAUACGCUGAUGUGAUCUUGUGCUUGGAAAGACACAUGGCGUCCCGUACCUGCCGAUACACCCAGUUGUCGCCGUGGAAGGCGCGCAACCAAUGUUUAACAUCUAUGAUGGAUUCGCCCACCCCUAAAAACAAAAUUGGGCUGCUAAACCUCGGCAACACAUGCUACAUGAAUAGCGUGAUACAAGCUCUCCUGGCUACCAGACAGUUCAGUAGCCACGUGAUACUGCGAAUGAACGGCGCACCAUAUUGGUCUAAGAUGGGCAUACUUUUUGCCCAAAUGAUGCACUGUAGCGGUACAAAGCUCAAUCCUCAGGAAUUCUUCACCGUUUUCAAGCCACCAUUUUUCACUAGUGACCAUCAACAUGACAGCUCUGAGUUUUUAGGUUACUUGUUCGAGUUGUUGCAAUCGUACGAGCACCAAUCCGAUCGCAACUUCGACUACUCCCGGCCGGCGGUACUCACAGGGCGAACGCGCGCAAUAGCCGCGCCAUCUACCUCCAGCGAUUAUAAUCCCGGAGAGUCGGCAUCCAGCAGGCGGUCUGUGUCGCCACGCCCUGGGAACAGUGUAGCUGGAUCAAGCUCGGGCGCGAAACGAUCGUUGCAUAAUGAAGCUAUCGCUCCACCCAAGAAGCGCCUUCGGUACGCACAGUCAUGGCAGGAUUCCGUCUCCUCGAACCCCCUGCGUCGCGACUCUUACAUCGACAAUAUGUUCGCUGGUGUCCUGCUCACACGUAUCGAGUGCACCGAGUGCCACUCGUCGUCUCUUUCUCGCGACGUGUUCCGCGACCUGCAGCUCGCGUUUCCGGAGAAACCCGAUGGCUGCCAGCACAAUGUCCAGAAUCUACUCGAGUUCUACUGCUCCAAAGAACGACUGUCUGGAGACAACCAAUACAAGUGCCACGACUGCGGAGAGCUGCGCGACGCGGAGCGCAGUGUUGUUAUCGAAACCACACCCAAGUAUCUCAUCCUCGUUCUCAAAUAUUUCAAAUUUGAUCCGAAAAUGCACGUGCAAACUAAACUGAUGCACUCGAUCUACCACAACCACACGGUGACCCUGCCCACCGUCCGCUCGCAGGCCGAGCACUCGACCUACUCGCUUUACGCCGCGGUCAUCCACACGGGCACCACCAUCGACUCCGGCCACUAUUACACACUAGCCAAAGACUUCAGGGAUGAGUGGCACCUCUACAACGAUGACAUCGUGACGGUGAGUGAAGAGACACAUCUCAACCAUUUGCAAAAUGCCAGCACCCCUUACAUCCUCUUCUACAGGCGCACAGAUAUUGACGAGGGCAAGGUCCUGUCCCUACAGGAGAUGCCGCAGAAGGUCCAGGAUCUUGUCUUGCGUGAGAACGACAGCUAUGUGGAACAACAAGUCCGGGUCUCGCACCAGUGACAGUUAAGGUCGGAUGCCCGACGGUACGGGUUUAUAAAUGUCGUUUAACUUCAAUGUAUCGAGCAUUAAACAGUUACAGUAUACAUAAUUUAACGUACAUGAUUUAAACGAUUUUCUUGGCAUAAUGCUUAUCCAUCCCCGGCUUAACCUCGGCCAUAUUUCUUUACUGGCCUGAAAAUCAAUACUUGUAACCUGUACUUGUACUUGUAACCAAUAACGUUCAGCCUAAACAAUAUCUGUUGCAUUGAACCGUACCGUUGCCAGGUAAUGGUGGUUCAAAAUUUCAAUACAGCACGCAUUCAUGAGGUGAUUAUUUCUAGGCUAAAACUAUAAUAUUAUCAAUGUACUGAAUCCAGUGUUUCAGAAGAAUUUAGCAAACACCUAGCAUCGUAAGUCUCGUAUUUAAUCGAUAGAUCUUUUUGUCAUGCAUUGUUGUAAUUAUGUUAGUGAUUAUUCGAUGGAACCUUCUUUGCCACAAAUCGACUUACUCAAAGUCCCGUAACUAUUUAUCUCCUUUUGUAUGACAUUUUGUGCAAUAAAAGGGUUUUGUAUAGUAUUAUAUUCUUGUUUAGUGUGUAUUUUCACUAUUAUAAUUAAGUUAAAUUUUAAUUUACUAUGACUUUUCAUAAUUGUAAUUAUGUAGUUAGCAAUUUAUAUUCAAUAGACUGUUUUUUACAUGAAUUGACUUCCUUACAGUCCCAUGUUCUUCGAUUCUGUGUACAUUUGUAUGUAUUUUCAUUAUUAGAAAUGAAGUUAGUGAUAGACAAUAGACUGUUUUGUUUGCCACUAAUUGAAUUUGAUAUAAUAAUAUUUAGGUGGAUAUAUUUCAUGCGUAUUUAAUCAUAAUAAAUAUGUCGUGGCCACAUCGUGAUAUGGCUGGGAUAUCGUCAUGUUGAUGAUAUGCUCUAUCAAGAUCUGGCUGACUAUAACGAUAAUAAAGCAACAACGUUUAUGUCGAUAAUCCCAGCUGAGCCAAUGUUACAAUUGUAUACUUUUAUUUUUACUACUUAUACGUCCUUAACUGGGUUCCAGGAACUGGGCAUCGCUCCCAAGGGAAGUUUAUUAAGAUAAUUUUGACCAUUCAAUUAUCAAUUCAGGCCACGACAUAGAUGUAUUAACAUUACUUAUUCUGUAAUUUAAUAAAUGUCGUAUAUUCAAAAUCAUAAUAAGUGGUUGUUGAUUAAUGGUGUCAAAAAUAUUAAAUAUAUGUCUUACUAGUUUACAUACAGGCGUUCUCAUUAGUGUUUACAUGUCUAAUAUUGUGAUCGCAACGCUGCGCCUAGACCUAUGUUUGUCGUGAAGUUGCGAUGUGUGGUGCUAAGAUUUCUUGGACGAUGAUUUAUUGCUAUUUCGAAAGGCCGCGUGACGGUUUGCAGUGUCUUGACAGGCUUCGUAGAAGUGUUGGCGCAGCAUAAUAAUUGUUGGUUAUAUAUCAACCUGUUCUUUCAACCAUAAUAAAAACUAGAUGUGUAAUUGGGAUUAUUCUGAAUAAUUAAUACGAUCUUAUUAUAUUCUCCCGUUCUCAUAAAUAUGGACUGGGAUAUUGUGAAUCCCACUAGUUUGUAAUUUGUCGUAGGUUAGGAUCGUUAGUCUGUAUUCUUUCUUACCGUUAGUUUACCAUUUCGCUAAUUUAAUAAACAGGCAGUCUUACCAUACAAAGUUAAAAAAUAUAAUUAUUAAUUAAUUACAACAAAAUAUGAACUAAGUAACUUCCACCGUGUGAGUGAAUCCGGACUGGGUCGGUAUUAGUAUAAUUUUAUUAUGUUCUAUAUUGUAAAUAAAAAUGAAUUUGUCUCAUAGAGACUGGUUUCUGUAAACUUUCAUUGGAAAAUUACAAAAGUAAAACAUUAAUUUUAUUAGAUGAAGACAAUAUUGUGCAGAAGGAUUAAAUCAGCGUGCUAGUAUUUUGCCAUGAAAAAUUACAGAAACACUUCUAAUUCAUUUGUAAAUGUUAUUAUAAAUAGUAGUAAGGUGUGAAGUGAUGAAUGUGGGUGGUUCAAAACUGUCCUCAUCAUUAAGUUUGUUAAGUUUAUUCACGUUUAUGAUAUUAUUUUAUUUUCAUCUUACAGGAUAUUUUGAUCAAGAUAUUGGAAAGCUUUUUAUAUAUCUGUGGAGAAUUUUACAUUGUUUCCAACUUAGUAUUUAAAUAUAUCCUUUGAAAAAAGAUCCCAAAUCUCCGACGUAGUUUAAUCUCUAUAUUCUGCUAAAAUAUAUGUUCGAUCAGAUUACGUCUUCCUAACCAAUAGUAUUAGUAAUUCCAGAGAAAUACAUUUUAAAAGGAAGAAGAAUAACCAUAUGAAGAUAAAACUUUCCAUUUCUUGAUAAGUUUUAGUUAAUUUGUUGUAACAUAAUAUCUUUACCCAUGGUGCAGCAAACGCAACGCGCAAUACGCUCCGCUGGCUAGAUAUUGGUAGAUUUUAUUUUAUCACCUCGCACUUCAUCGCUGUAUUAAUUGUUGAUAUAUAUUAAAAAAGCGGCCAUUAUUGAUACGCGUGAUACGACUGAGGUUGUUAGGAAUGUAAAAAACGUAAAAAGAAAAGUGUACUGAUGUAUUUUUGAUAUUUUUACUUUAUUAUUAAAUUUAAUAUGUAUAAUAUUGGUUAUUAUGCUAUAUGCGUUUAUUAAUAUCAAAUUAAUACAAUACCAACUACUAAAUACGAUUUCGUUUAUAUGUUUAGUAUGUUUAUGUAUGUUUUUGUGUGUUUAUUGUAUGAUUGUAUAGUGUAUAACGAAAUUAUCAGAAAUGGAAUUGCUGCUAAAUUGAACAAACGUUUAAUUAAACGUUUGUUCAAUUAUUAUAAUUAUAUAGAUAAUUCUUUGAAAUUCUUAUUAUCUAUUCCUUUUCAAUUUGGCGUAUUGCCAGUGAAAUUAAUGUUUUAAUUGAAUAAAAUAACAUAAGUAUCGGAAAUUCUUAAGUAAUUACACAAACUGAAAGAUGAAACGAUACUAACUGAAGUGGCGGUCCGCCUCUGUUCCUACUGCAGGCUCCUGUGAUUCGUUUGCCUCUGAUCCAGGAACAGGGACAAGUAAGACGAAACUAUCUUUUCACUGUGGAGCGUUGUAUAUUAUUUUAUAUUGUGUAUUAUUUGCUCAGACUAAACAUAGUAUUACACUAUCAUCUUUGGGUGUGUCUAUUCUAUAUAUUAUUAUUGUUUAUUUAUUAAUGUAAUCAGAUUGAUCUAUGUAUUUAAUAUGUGAGUUAUGCAAUGAGGAUACUCAUUGAUUUAUGUUAUGUUAUUUUCUGUAAAUAUCAAAUUUCGCAUUUAACUAUAAGGUUUAGAUAUUCAGUCACGGUUACUUAUAACUUGUAGUGGUAUAUCGAUGUUCGGGGCCUAGUUAUGCUCCAGUGAAUGUAUCACUUUCAAAGAUGUGAAAUCAAAAUUUGGUUUCGAUAAAUAAAUCUUAAUAAUCAUGAAAA